AUGCCGUUGUUGAUUAAACGACCAUCACCUGAUGCUGUUGAAUUUACAUAUUACGAGAAUUUUAAAUGGUCUAUAAAUUGUAUAGUAAGAAUUCUAGUAUUAUGCACAAUUUUUGUAUUUUUUCUUUCAGUUUUUAUGAUUUUUUUUAUUCAAUAUCAACAAUUAAACUUUAUUAUUUAUAUUUUACAAUAUAUUGGGCUUAUUCAAUGGAUUCAAGAAUUGUAUAUACAUAAACCAUAUGUUUUUUGUUCAAUAACAGUGGUAUUUUUAUAUUCUAUCUGUAAGUUUAUGCAUCCAAAACCAUCAAGUGAAUCUUUACUUGUUUUGCACAAUAUUGGAUUACAGAUUACUUUACAUUACUUUCUUCUCCCCUCUCGCACACGUUUUAUCCCAUUAUCAGACAUUUUAGAUGUAGUAAUUCAUGAAGGAUUUAUUGGACUAGAAGUACGCUAUUACUUGGCAUUGAUUAUACGUAACGAAGAUACUUUACAAGUUAUAUUUGAAAACUUAUUACCCCGAAGAAAGUUUUUGGAAAUUGUUUAUAAGGAAAUACGAACUAUUUUUAUUGAAAAAUAA